AUGGCUAAUACGAGGGAAACCUAUGAUUCGAUUAUUGUUCACCUUCCUUUUCCGCCGACUAUCACGGCGGAAGAAUUGUUGAACUCAAAGUCUUCCAAAAGAUACCGAAAAAAUGGGAAAAGACGCUCGAAAGUUUGCAAUUCUUUCAUGGUGUUCAGGGCCGAGUUUUACAAGGCGUUGAAAAGGACACAUCCCGUUCUUCCUCAAUCUAUCGUGUCGCGGUUAGCAUCGAGGUCGUGGAGGAUCCAGCAUGAAGAAGUUAAGAAAGAAUACGUCCGAAUCGCCAGAGAGUUGGACAGAUUAUUUCUUCUGGAAUCGGAAGAAAAAAGUAAUUCGCCGUUUCAAACUCCUCUAAUCGGCGGAGAGUCGGAUGGGUUACCCCUAGAAACGAACGAAAGGAAUGAAUCACCGUUCCGAACUCCUCUAAUCGCCUUAGACUUUCUUAACCCCACCGCCCAGCCAACCAACUACCCACAAUUUCCCGGAGAAUACAUUCAAUUAUUCGAAGAAAAUACAAACAAUGCCAACAUUCAAUAUACCACGGAUCCACUUUACAUGACCCCACAUUACCCAUCCUUCCAACCGA